AUGGAAACGCCCAAACUGGUCAACUUUCCGAGUAUUUUACGAGGAAUAGUGAAUCAAUUUGUUUCAGACGCAGCAAGCAAGGAGUCAAUUAACAAAGAUACUCUCUAUCCAAAGCUUGAUGAGUGUGAAAAAAACAAUACAGAUAAGGACGAAGAUGGUAAAUUGCCAGAGGAGAUUGAAUUACUAGAGAGACGCAACGAUGAUGAAGCACCGGCAAUAUCUGGCAGGCGUGUUCUUACUCUAGCGGAUGGGCUGUGUGUGCCGGUCCCAGAGGAUUAUGUGUUGCCUGUUGACGCCAGUAAAUGUCACAGCGCUGUAUUGGCGAAACAACCACAAAAUUAUGCUGGAGCAGAGCCAAUGGUCGUCGGUGAGGGCGCUCAACAACACGUUGUAUAUGUUGUGAAAGUGACAGCUCCAAAAGAACGCCUCCCACACGAUUGGUUGUCAUGUUCUGUCGUCAGUAUGUGUUGCUUUCUGCCCCUCGGGUUAGUUGCAGUUGCGUACUCCGUUAAGAUACAAGAGGCGUGUCGAAAGGGUGACAUAAAAACAGCAAAAGCAGCAGUUCGCAUGGUGAAACGCCUACUACUUGGGGCAUUAUUAUGCGGCAUUUUUAUCACGUUUAUAAUAGCUACAAUAAUAUACAAGAGAGCAUUAGCAUAAACAUUUUUGGACAACACAGAUUGUGACCUAGAAGUGCCUUACGAGGCUAUAUAUGACGUCAUCACCUGCUUUUAAUUGGGUUUUAGUUUAUCACUGCAUCAGUGUCAAUAUAUGAUCUCAUGAAUAUUGUAAUUUGCAACGAGGUUCGCUGUGAUUGGGGCUGAGAUAUGACGUAGAACAUCACACAGAACAUCAGACCUUAUUUGGGCAUCAACAUCUAUACGUGAAAUGUAUCAGACAUUCAUUAAAGUUGGGUAGUUACGCUGCAUUUGCAGGGCUUGGUUAUCAUGGUAGCAAUGGAUUUGCUACAUCAGGAUCUGCCAGCACUGAUGUUGAUCACCUAUGGCCAGAUUGCUUUACAAGGGUUGGUUUGUAAUUUCGAUUUUAUUAACAGUAUAACUUAUAGUGCGCCACCUACCGACAUUACUUAACUCAACUUUUUUAAAGUCCUUCCGUUUUCAGUUGUAUCGUGAAAGUUUGUAGUGCACCUUUUGCUUGUCACGUGACAACAUAUCGUAUUGAUAUUGGAUAAUCACAAACUCUUUAUGUACAUGACGACUUUUACUCAAGAUGUAAAGAACACAAACACAAUGUUUUAAAUUGCAAUGUAUCGAGCAGUACUCUUCAGGGAAAAUUAUAUGACCUGAAUUAUAGGUAUAUAAUCCUAUGCCGCCAUCUUUUAAAUAGGAACAUUGCAUUAAUAAUUCACUUUUUGCGCCGAGAUGAACGCACAGUCGCUAAGCCUAACUAUCAAAUAUGUCGCGUGGAUUGGUCGCUUGGGCUACGGUUAGCUGGCGGCCGAUAUUUACUAUAUAGGGGUAGCCAUUUUUAUCACGACUUGAAGCUAAAUAAAGAGACAAGUUGA